AUGCAGCUGCGCUUCGUCGUCCUGCUCAUGGGCCUGGCCGCGCGCCGGCUCCAGAAGCGGCGCGCGCCGCCGGCGCUGCCGCAGCGCGGCCUCGACGCGGCGACCCUCGCGCGCCUCGCGGCGGCGACGCGGAAGCUCGAGCGCUCCUACGCGGCGCCGACGCCCGGCGACACGGUCCAGUACUACGCGUCGCGCGAGCCGUCGCUCGGCCGGCGCGCGCUCGGAAUCGCGCGGCUCCCGCUGACGCUCGGCGCGUCCGCCGGCCGCGCGGCUAGCGCCGCGGCGACGGAGCCGCCGCCGCGGCGCUUCUCGGCGCGCGCGCUGCCCGACGGCGCGUCGCUCGUCGCGUCGCGGCCCGGCGCGCGGCGGUUCCUCUGCGAGCGCGUCGUCCACCCGUUCGUGCGCCAGCUCCUCGGCGACCACGACAUGUUCGGCUCGGCGGCGUCGCGGGCGCUGUCGCCCGAGGCGCGCGCGGCCCGCGUCGCGCGGCUCCGCGCGGCGACGGACUUCCUGGGCGGCGCGCACAACCUGAUCGCGCCCGUGUUUCUCAAGGGGCGCCUCGGCCUCGACGGCGGCGUCGCGGCGACGCGGCUCGACGUGGACGGCGCGCCCGACGACGCCUACUACGCCUGGUUCGAGCCCACGGGAACACCCCGGCUGAACGGCACCCUGGUCUACCUCCACGGCGGCGGCUUCAUCAUCGGCUCCAAGGCGACGAACGGCGAGAUGGUCGCGCGCAUCGCGGCCGCGUGCGGCGUGCGGACGCUCUUCGUCGCCUACCGCAAGCUGCCGGAGGCGCCGUUCCCGGGCGCGCUGGUCGACGCGCUCCGGGGCGUCGGCGUCGCGCUGGCGUCGACGCCGCCGGAGCGGCUGAUUCUGGGCGGCGACUCGGCCGGCGCGUCGCUCGCGCUCGCGGCGCUGCACUUUUUGCGGGAGACGCUGCAGAUCACGCCGGCGGCGGGGCUGCUGCUGUCGCCCAUGGUCGACAUCGCGUCGGAGCUCGAGUACGCGACGGACACGACGAACGUCGGGCCGGACCUGCUCCCCGCGGGCUUCGACCCGGCCGCGCGGCGCGAGUUCAUGGACAUGUACCGCGGUACGUCCGCGAACGCGACCCUGGACGCGUUCGUCGACGCGCUGCGGCGGCGGCGCGACGGCGCGCUGCUGUCGCCCCUCGCGGCGUCGCCGCGCCAGCUCGGGGCGCUGCCGCCCCUGCUCUGCCAGGCCGGCGGCUCCGAGGUGUUGCUGGACUCGCAGUUGCGCUUCUGCGACGCCGCGCGGCGCGCGGGCGCGGACGUGCGCUGCACGGUCUUCGACGGCGAGGUCCACGCGUUCCACGCCUUCGGGUUCUCGCCGGCGUGGCCCGCGGCGCGCGCGGACCUGCGGCGCUUCUGCGAGCGCGCGCUCCGGCCCGCGGCGCCCGCGGCGCCGCCGAAGUCCCACUUGAAGUCCCACGCGGUCGUCGCGGCCCUCGUCGGCGGCUCGCGGAAGCGGGCCGCCGUCGCCGCGGGCAUCCGCGCGUUCCGCUAG